AUGGUCCAUCUCAGCCCAGCUUCCCUCGCUGCCCUCCUCCUCUUCUCCUCCCCAAUCGCCCUCGCAGCACCAGGAAACACAGCCUGCCAAAUAAAUAGCAAGCAAGAUGGUCUCUGCAUGGCCACCGCAUCGUGCAAGUCCUCAGGCGGAACCUCCCAAGCAGGUCACUGUCCCGGCGGUACAGACAACCAAUGUUGCACCUACGGCUCCUGCACCGUAAGCAGCAUAUCCGGUCUCUGCCAAACCACCUCAACCUGCGGCAGCGGCUACACCAGCACCGCAGGCCACUGUCCCGGUCCCGCUGGCAUCCAAUGCUGCACCAAGAAGUCCACCUCUCCAGCUCCAGGCCCCGCGCCGGCACCAGCACCAGCACCAGGCGGUUGUAGCAACGGCGCUCCCAAAGUAAACACUGCGACCUUGAAACUGAUAGAGGGUUUUGAAGGCUGGAGCGCGACGGCAUAUAAAGACCCUGAUGGAAACCCAACGAUUGGUUAUGGGCAUCUGUGCUCAAGUGCUAGUUGCAAGGAGAUCAAAUAUAGUAUCCCGCUUUCUCGCGCUGAAGGGGACUCGUUGAUCCAGGACGACCUCGCUGUGGCGCGCAAGUGCAUCGCCAAACAAAUCAAAGACAGCAUCAAGCUGAACGCGAACCAGUUCGGCGCGCUCGUCAGCUGGGCCUUCAACGUGGGCUGCGGGAACUCGGGUGAUUCGACGCUGAUUAGGAGGUUGAAUGCUGGGGAAGCGCCGAAUACGGUUGCGGGUCAGGAACUGCCGAAGUGGAAUCGGGGGAAGAAUGGGGUGCUUCCUGGCUUGACGAGGAGGAGGAAUGCGGAGAACUUCACUUAA